AUGGAGACCUCGACACCGACAACGGCUACCCCUAAAGGCACCAUUAAAGAUACCAUUAAAGUCAUCUUUAGUGAUGUGGAUGGGACGCUGGUUCAUUAUCCAAAAACCAUCCCGGAUGAUGAUCCUUUAAACAACAAUAAUAAUAAUCCAAUCAUCCGACUUCCACCCAGUGCCACCGGUAUGCAAGGCAUUAUUUCCUCACAAACAUUCGCCAAGUGUCAACAAAUUCGUGACACUACUCCAGACACCAAACUGGUACUCGUCAGUGGGAUGCGAACGACUACCCUCCUCAAACGACUCCCGUUUCUACCCAAAGCCGAUGCUUACUGUUCGGAAGCCGGUGGACGAAUCUUUUGGAGUCGACCGGUAUCAUCAUCAUCCAACGACAAUACCUUUGUUGUCACACCCUGUAAUGGAGCCACCGACUUGGAACCCUUUGAAAUUGUCGAAGACCAAGAAUGGCGACGUCGCAUGCAACAGACACAUGCCGCAGGAUCCGAUGGAUACCCCAGUGCCGAACUGACAACAGAAACAACACAACCACCACAACCACAACAAGUCUCCAAACGAUCGGGAGCACUCUGGGAAUUUGCACAGAAGCUCUUGGCCAAGGGAUUGGUGCUGGAUACCAACGGGUAUGCCACUUGUUUUCGCAUCAAUCGCAAACAGCAACGACAACAGCAACCACAACGAAACAACAACAACAACGACGACCAAUUAUUAUUUGAUCAACUGCUACAGGGGCAAAUACUGCCGUGUCCACCCGCAUUGGCCACCAGUACCAAUCUGGGUUGUAUCGACUACUAUCCCAUGGAAAGUGGGAAAUUGAACUGUUGUCGCUAUGUGGCCAACAAGCUAUUAUUAUUGGACAACAGCAACAACAAUGCUGAGGAGGACAUCUUGUCCAAGCACUGUGUGUGCCUCUGUGACGAUGACAAUGAUCUCGAAAUGGCAUUGGCGUGCCAACAUGCCUUUAUUCCAGGAAUUAGUUCCACCAGUAUGGCAAAUGUCAUUGGCAAACAUCCACACCAUUUUAGUCAAACUGGAGGAAAACACAGCAAUGAUGGAAUAGAGGGAACCAUUGCCACAGAACAGGCACUGUCUCUGGUACUGGCAAGGCUUGCAGAAGGGUAG